UUUUGUCCUCUCCUAGCCGCUCCGCUCUGCUCCGUAAACCGCACAAAAGAAGAAGAAAAAAAAGGCUUUCUUUUUUCUCGCUCGUUCAUCGUUAAUGCUUAGCUAAUGGUCCAACGAUACUCAAGAAUUCUUUCACUUCUUCGCGUCGCUGCGGUCUCUCUGCUUCACUAAAAUCUCUCUCUCUCUCUCUUUCUCCCCUGCAGCCGAAUUUAGCGGCUUGUGGCUCGUCUCCUUAGCCCAAAAUCCCUCUAUCUCUUCUGGGCAUGCGGCGGUCAAACCAUACAACACAUUACAGUGCCCCGUCGUCGUCCUCGUCGUUCUCUGGGUGCUGCUGGUUCUGGGUUGGUCUCAAAAUGUCUCCUUUUCGCCUGUCGUCCCUCUGAUGCCGGUUGAAGUGGAACCCUUGUGAUAGGGGUUCAGAAUGUCUGAUGAUAAGGAUGGUUUCGUGGCGUGGGAGGAGCGGAUCGUGUGUGCCGAGCGGGGCAAUAGGGUGGUGCAUUUUUACUUGAAGGAUGCAUCGGGGAAUUCGGUGCUGGCAGUUGUCGGGACUGAGAGGAGCAUUAGGCACAUGAUGUAUAUCGCGACAGAUGAUUUCGUACAGUUGUACGGGUCCAAUGGGUUGAUCAAAGGGUUCAGAAAGUGGCGAGCUAGAAGAGAAGUUGUGGAGUUGCUCGCCUCAUUGGUUUCAAAUUCGGAGAAUGACGACACAGUUGAAGCUCUGGUUUCCUAUGAAGCUAUGCCUCUGAGGAAAUUGAAAGCUAUAGACCAAGAGAUUGAGUGGGCUGGUGUUGCUUGGGUUUGUACUAAACAGCUCACGCAUUAUCCAGCUUUUCACAGAAAAGAAAUCACCAUUGCUGUCCAUUCUUUUUCACUGAUCUUGGCCGAAGAAGGUUGUCCAUACCUUGGCUAUGUGGAAGAUAUGUACGAGGAUAAGAAAGGACUGAAAAAGGUGAAAGUGCGGUGGUUUUACCAGAAUGAGGAAGUUCAGCAUAUAAUUCCUCAGUUGAAUUUGCAUCCACGGGAAGUUCUCAUCACACCUUAUGUUCAGAUGAUCAGUGCCGAAUGUGUUGAGGGUCCAGCAACGGUUUUGACUGCCCAGCAUUAUGAAAGAUGCAUGGCUUCUGUUUCACCGGCUUCAGCAGCUGGAAUAUACAUGUGCUCGAGGCAGUUUAAGAACAAUAAGGUCAAGCCCUUUUCACUUGCUAAAUUGCGUGGCUACCCGAGUCAAGCAAUUUUGUCUCAUCUUGAUAGUUCUCUUGUCUGUAAGACCAAAAAUAUGAAUCCCGAUAAGAAUGGGGAGGAUAAGGAAGAGUGCAAGGGCAAUGAUGGAAGUGGUGGUUCAGGCAUUAGAAUUUCAGAAUCCCAGAGCCAGACUCCAUCAACAUCAACAUACCCUAAGCUGAAAUUGAAGUUGUCGAAAAAAAAUCCAGGCAUCAAAUUUGCGACUCCGGAACCCCAAGUUCCCUUCUCGUUGAAGGUUAACGACAAAAUAGAGCUGCUUUGCCAAGAUAGUGGCAUUCGAGGCUGCUGGUUUAGAUGCCAAAUUGUGCAAAGGUCAGAGAAGUGUCUGAAAGUGAGGUACGAUGAUCUACUGGAUGCAGAUGAUAUUGCUAAACUCGAGGAAUGGGUUCCUGCAGUCAAGGUAGCUUCUCCUGAUAAAUUGGGCAUGCGGUGCCCAGGCCGACAAACAAUUCGGCCACGCCCUCCCAAGACUUCUGGUGGCUGUAAUUUCGAGAUUGGGAUGGCUGUAGAUGUGUGGUGGUGUGAUGGUUGGUGGGAAGGUGUUGUGACUCGACUUAAAGUUCCUGGAAAGAAUAGUCUGGAGGUUUAUUUCCCAGGCGAAGGCAGGCUAGCUACAUUCCACAGGAAGAAUGUCCGUGUAUCAAGAGACUGGGUUGAUCAAAGAUGGGUAGACAUUAAGUCAAAACCUAACAUCAGUGCAUUUCUAUCAGCAAAUUCUUCUGCUGGCAUUGAGUCCUCAUCAUGUACUCCUGUUCAAGAGGCAUCUAACUGCAACAAAUCUCCACCCAGGUCUCAGAAAAUCGACUCAACCUCUAACAAGGGAAAAGUGAUCGUAGAAGAGAAAGAGUUGCCUGAUUUAUCUGCAUCUCAUGAUCUCCGAGGAAGUGCAGGAGUGAGCAAGCAGAGCUGUUUCAGUCAAGAUGAUGUCCAAACAUCAAUUGGCAUUACAAACCACAAUGGUAUUAGCGAUGCUGCUGCAGCUGCCAUUGGCAAUGACAAAGGAAUCGCAUCAACUGAGAACCCUCAAUCCACCAACCGGUUAUUUGAAAUAGUAGAUGCUGUAGAAUUAAUGACUCAAGCUGCCGAAGAAGGGAUGUCUAUUCUCGAUUAAUCCCGAAGCGGGGUUGGAGGCAAUUUUGUUGGGUAUAUGGAGACCAGGUGUUGGUGACUGAUGACUCUUAUAAUCUGUUUCUUUUCUUAUAUGAUAAUUCGGUGUACAGUAACAUAGCACAGCAGUUUCAGCCGUCUACAGGAUCAAGAUUUCCCCUAAAAAUUUUAGUCCUGGUCCAUCCAAAAUGGAAGUUGUAGACCAGUUUCGAAGGUACAGUUUUCUUUAGCCCGUGGGUUUUGCUCGGCUGCAGAAGCAGGCAUGUAGCUUUUGACUGAAUUGGCUUUUGCACCUUUGAUGUCCAUACCUUUCUGACAGUAACCCCUCAUAGAAUGAUGAUGAAGUAUAGUGCAAGUCUGUUCAACUCUUACUGUUAAUAGACUCAGACAGUCUUUCCCUUUCUCUGGGAGGAGAUGAAAUUUUCUUUUUUCCUAGGAAACGAACUGGAUAUUGAGCCUCAUGCUACUCAUUGGAAUGGAAUGGUUCAUUCAUUGCUGAA